UGUGCAGGGUGACUAAGGUCUCUUCACAGCAACAGCUUAGCUCUAUCCUCAAUUGUCAAAGCACAUUGUUCGCCUUCUCUUUCCAGCGAGCAUUUUGCUACAAAUCAAGUAUCAACGAUCUGUAAUAAACAGAGUAAUGGACUCAAUAACCAGAUUGACAGCUGACAAGCCAGUGGUAAUCUUCAGCAAAUCCUCUUGCUGCAUGUGCCACACCAUCAAAUCACUGAUUCGCAGUUUUGGUGCAAACCCAACUGUCUAUGAGCUUGACGAGCUUCCAAAUGGGCACCAACUAGAAAGGGCACUGGUCGCGUCAGGCAGAAGACCAAGCGUGCCGGCUGUUUACAUAGGGGAAGAAUUGGUGGGCGGAGCAAAUGAGGUCAUGAGCCUCCAUGUCAAGGGAAAGCUAGUCCCAUUGCUGAAGCAGGCUAAAGCUAUAUGGGUAUGACGUUAAUUAACUGCAGCAAAGAAUGCUCUCGCCAACUCAGAUGAGACUUGAUAAGGAACCUCAAACAACCACCGCAUGUGGAGUAGUAGCCUUUGUGUUGGAACUAAAUCUUUGUAGUCAUUUAUUGAGUGCCUUUUACUUCAGCAUUCAAUGUUUCAUUUUGUACGCGUCUUCUUCAUUCAGACAGCUUGAAUAUUAGUAUCUUGAAUUACUCGUUGCUACUUGA